CGGCGCGCGGGCGCUAUAGGCAGUACGAGACUGCGGCUGCUCGUGCCUCCCCGCCCCUUCCCUCAAGAAACAUGGCGGCCGCCUGUGUGGGCUUCCGUUGACGGUGUCGCGGACUUUGCUUCUGGGCGUCUCGGGGCUCUGUGCGCUCAUUGGAUCCUUCCUUGAAGAUACUGGAGCUCCUGUUAAAGAGCCCGAAGAAAAUGGUGUCCAAGCAGGCCUUCCUCUGCAGCCUGGGCUCCAUCUACUUGUCUCUGCUCUUCGUUUUCCUCCUCAUGGAUGUUUACGCCAGGCCUGCGAACAAUUCGGCCUUGAAGGAGAAGGGGAUGGACAAGGACGAGAACGAGAUUCUGCCCCGAGACCACCUGAACGGCGUCAAGAUGGAGAUGGAUGGGCACCUCAACAAAGACUUUCAUCAGGAGGUCUUUUUGGGGAAGGAGAUGGAGGAAUUUGAUGAAGAUUCAGAACCACGAAGAAACAGAAAAAAACUCAUGGCAAUCUUUGCAAAGGUGGAUGUUAAUAAUGACAAAAGGAUCAGUGCCAAAGAAAUGCAGCGUUGGAUCAUGGAGAAGACGGAGGAGCACUUUCAGGAAGCUGUCAAAGAAAACAAGAUGCACUUCAGGGCGGUCGAUCCCGACGGCGACGGCCGUGUGUCUUGGGACGAAUAUAAAGUGAAGUUUUUGGCAAGUAAGGGCCACAAUGAAAAAGAGGUUGCAGAGAAGAUAAAGAACAAUGAGGAGCUGAAGAUUGAUGAAGAAACCUUGGAAGUUCUCGAUAACCUCAAGGAUCGCUGGUAUCAGGCCGACAACCCUCCAGCCGACCAGCUGCUGAACGAGGAGGAGUUCCUGUCCUUCCUCCAUCCGGAACACAGCAGGGGCAUGCUCAAGUUCAUGGUCAAGGAAAUCGUGCGGGACUUGGACCAGGACGGUGAUAAAAAGCUGGUUUUGUCUGAGUUCAUUUCCCUGCCCGUGGGGACAGUUGAAAACCAGCAGGCCCAAGACAUUGAUGACGACUGGGUGAAAGACAGAAAGAAGGAGUUUGAAGAAGUAAUUGACGCGAACCAUGACGGGGUUGUCACCAUGGAGGAACUCGAGGAGUACAUGGACCCCAUGAACGAGUACAACGCUCUCAAUGAAGCCAAGCAGAUGAUCGCCGUGGCCGACGAGAACCAGAACCAUCACCUCGAGAUGGAGGAGAUCCUGAAGUAUGGGGAGUACUUCACCGGAAGCAAGCUGAUGGACUAUGCCCGGAACGUGCACGAGGAGUUCUGAGGCUGCUUCCUCCUCGCUUGCCCGCCCCUGCUCCUGCCCCCCCGCCGAGAGGACAGAAUCUCCUGCUGCUGUUUGUGUCGUGUGCCUGUGUGUGCGCACUCGCCUGGUUCCGAAGCAGAGAGCCUUUCAUCCACUCAGAACUCUGAACGUUGGCUUCCGUCGUCCUGCCGCCUGUCCCAGAUCGGCAGCGCAGUGGCCGCUGACCGUCCUCUUCCCCACCAGACCCCUCCUUUGACUCGUGACACACACCUGUGAAGUGGCUGAGUGGGAUUGGGGGUGGGGGUGGAGAUGGGGGCUUCACCAUGGCUUAGAGCAGGGCAGACUGUGGCCCUUUUAAGGAAGAGGCAAGCCCAAGGCUAGUGCUUGACCAGUAGGAAGGAGGACAGAGAUGGGCAUUCACAGCUCCCUGUAGGUGACCCAUGUUGGGGCACCCCCUGGUGUGGAGUGCCUGGGGUGGGGUGGGGCCUGGCUGGGGGCAUCCCAGGCUUAGCCCUGAGGCCAUGGCAAAGGGACCUCUGUUGGUGUUUACUGUGGUGGCCUUGAAAUGAGUUGGUCCUUGGAGGUCAUGCAGGCUAGAGGAUCUUAAUUUGACAGGAGCAGCAUGAUUUCCACUGUUCUCUUACGUUUUCUGGAGUAAUCCUCAGGGCAUGCUUGGGUGUGGCUGAGCCCGAGUGUGAUGAGGAGAUGGGCUUUUUCUCCUUGUCCCUGAUGAUGAAGCCGGCCCCCUCGGAACAGACCUGUCAGGUCGCUUUGAGACACUUCCAUUUGUAUUGGGCCUCCCCUGCCCUUCCCGCUACAUUAUUUUGUCCCAGCGGCAUUUUUGUUUUUCAGAUUUAUUAAAAAUUGCCUCCAAAA